GACCACAUGGCGGUGGACGAUAAAUAAGUUGRCUCUCAUCGAUUGGAGAAGAGGUUGUCCAUUUUUUCUCAUAGGGACUUAAAGGUUGACGUUCCUGCAACAAUUCGAUUGCCUAUAACAGCUAUUCGGUAGAGCGACAAACGGAACUGUGUACAACGACGAAGAAGCGACGGACAACGUGAAAAUCAAUCACAAGAUCAGUGAUAGUACUUUUCGAAAGCGAUCGUGUCACGUUCUUAAGUUUCAAAUAUUUUUUCUCUCAAAAGACGAUAAAGGACACCCGYUAUAGGUCACAAAAAUUGGCGAUGAACAGCGAAAUGAAACGAAGCCGAAGUCCGUUUCUCUUCAAGCGACGUAUCCACGUAUCCACGUAUCCCCCCCCCCCCCACCGUGACGAUGAAUCGUCUUCGGAAAAAGGCGAUCCGUUUCAAAAUACGAAUAAAUCUAUCGCUACGAUGCACCGUCUCCCGAGUUCGACGUUAUCACUGAAACGGGCGAUCUCUUUCAAAAUACGAUUGAGUCUAGUACGACGAUAAAUGAUCUCCUACGUGCGACAUUAUCAGGGAAACGGGCGAUCUGUUUCAAAAUACGAUUGAAUCUACUGUCAAAAGAGCACACAAAGAAAAAGAGUGAUUUUGUUCCUGUGGAAGGCAUUGCAGCUCUUUUCUUAUCCAAUUUCCUGAAGUCCAGAAGAGCUCACAAUACCUUUUUUUGCAAAAGCAAACCACUCGCUUACAAAGAACAUCUAGACUUUGCAAAUCGUAUAUCCCCAAAACUCCUCACCAUGAAGUUUUUCACCUCCGCCUUUUCUAUGCUAGCACUCAUCGCUGCCACCUUUUCUUCUGACAGCAUGAACUUUGCUUCUGCAAAGACCGUGAAGAUCAAGGGAAGAUCGACCAACGAGAAGUCUUCCGAGAGCAACAAGCUGUCCUCGUCCGCAAGUCCUCCUUCUCCACGGUUCCAGACUCCUAUUUUGGAGUCUCCUCUUAAAGCUGAGAAGGGUCGUCUAGUCCUCUCUGGUUUUGAUCCAACCGAGCCCCUGACCAAAGCAGAGGCUACCUUUUUGGAAGAGAGCAUCCGCGACGUCUUCAACAUGUACCGCGGGGAAAUGGAUCUCAUCACGCGAUCCGUUGCCAUCCACCACGACCUUGUCGAGUCUAGCGACAAGAAGGGUUCGCUCCGGGGUGCCUCCAGAAAAUUGAUGAUUUGGCUUGACUACAAUCAYUGUCAGUAUCAACGUGGUCCCAAGAAGGGCCAGUACAAGCCUGGUUGCGAGUUUGACAUUGACUUCUACCGGGACUGCUAUUGCCACGACUGCGACAAUGACAAUUACUACGUUAUGACUGACCAGCCGUCCACUUCUCCAACCAAAGACCCCUACAAACCCUGGUUCCGUCACAUGAGUGACGAUGAUAUUCCCAACAGAACUCGCGAUCCGUCUACAGCGCCUUCGUCUAGUCCUGUGCCUACCUCUGUCCCUACCUCUGUCCCUACCCCUGUCCCUACCCCUGUGCCUACCCCUGUGCCUACCCCUGUCCCUACCCCUGUGCCUACCCCUGUGCCUACCCCUGUCCCUACCCCUGUCCCUACCCCUGUGCCUACCCCUGCUCCUACUCCGGUUCCUACCCAAACCGUGACCAAAACCGAACGCUCGCCCAAGCAGCCACUUUUCAAACGACGCAAURCGGCCCUGUGCAAGAAGUUGAAGAAGAGCCCCUUUUCCCGCUUCCGCAAGGUCAAGGGAUGCCGCGGGCUCUAGAGGAAAUGGAGCGAGCUCUAAAUUAUUUCGAACGCUCGGACACCGUUUAUGUACGCAAGCGCCGAUGGAUCGAGAUCCUUGUAUUGGCCGCGAGCGAUGACGAGCCACAUCGACARGAAGGAGAAAGGAGCAGAAUCACCAACAGCAUCAGUUCAUCUUYACGUGCAAUUACCUUGUGAAAGUUGUAUGGUAAUCGUGACUCAAAAUACCAUACUGUAAAAUAAUCAAUCUAUAAACUAAGAUUAAAAUA